AGGAGCUAAGUCUUCAUGGAGAGACAUUCAUUUCAGAGUUGAGGACUUACUCACCAGGGUCUGAAUAAGAUCAUUUCUUGAUGAGUAUCACUGAGACUUCUCUGAUGCCUGUCAAUCACGAUUGGGGCUAUGUUUUGAAUUGAUAGUGAUAAUGAAGAGAGUAAGCAAAAGAGGAAAAGACAAUAUAAGAAGAAAAGGGAAGCAAAAAGUGAUACUGUGUCUUGAAAUAGCCUUCCAAGUCUUUCCAAGAUUCAGGACAAAGUGAAUCCCUGUGUGAACAUCAGACUGUGAAAUGGCACCGGGGCACACUUUCAGCAACAGGCAGAAGUGUGUGGAUGUGCUGGACCAAGCCUGAAACAUUUGCCUCUUCAAACUGUCAUCCUUCUCCAAGUCAGCCGGCGGCUGAGACGUUCUGACAAGACACCCUCAGGAUGCCACCUAAGAAAGUACAAAUCCAAGUGGAGGAAAAAGAAGACGAUACUGAGGAAAGUUCAAGUGAAGAAGAAGAGGAAGAGGAAGAUAAACUACCCCGAAGAGAGAGCCUGAGACCAAAGAGGAAACGGACCAGAGAUGUUAUCAAUGAGGAUGAUCCAAUACCUGAGCCAGAAGAUGAAGAAACAAGGAAGGCCAGAGAAAAAGAGAGGAGGAGGAGGUUGAAGAGAGGAGCGGAAGAAGAGGAAGAAAUUGAUGAAGAGGAAUUGGAAAGAUUAAAGGCAGAGUUAGAUGAGCAAAGACAAAUGAUUGCUACUGUCAAAUGCAAGCCUUGGAAAAUGGAGAAAAAAAUUGAAGUUCUCAAGGAAGCAAAAAAAUUUGUGAGUGAAAAUGAAGGAGCUCUUGGGAAAGGAAAAGGAAAAAGGUGGUUUGCAUUUAAGAUGAUGAUGGCCAAGAAAUGGGCAAAAUUUCUCCGUGAUUUUGAGAACUUCAAAGCUGCUUGUGUCCCAUGGGAAAAUAAAAUCAAGGCAAUUGAAAGCCAGUUUGGUUCAUCGGUGGCCUCAUACUUCCUCUUCUUGAGAUGGAUGUAUGGAGUAAACAUGGUUCUCUUCGUCCUGACCUUUACCCUCAUCAUGUUGCCAGAGUACCUCUGGGGUUUGCCAUAUGGCAGUUUACCUAGAAAAACAGUUCCCAGAGCUGAAGAGGCAUCUGCAGCGAACUUCGGUGUGUUGUACGACUUCAACGGCUUGGCGCAAUAUUCUGUCCUCUUUUAUGGCUAUUACGACAAUAAACGAACAAUCGGAUGGAUGAAUUUCAGGCUGCCGCUCUCCUAUUUUCUGGUGGGGAUCAUGUGCAUUGGAUACAGCUUUCUGGUUGUCCUUAAAGCGAUGACCAAAAAUAUUGGUGACGACGGCGGUGGUGAUGACAACACUUUCAACUUCAGCUGGAAGGUGUUCACUAGCUGGGACUACUUGAUUGGCAAUCCUGAAACAGCAGACAAUAAAUUCAAUUCUAUCACAAUGAACUUUAAGGAGGCUAUAAUAGAAGAAAGAGCAGCCCAAGUAGAAGAAAACAUCCACUUGAUCAGAUUCCUGAGGUUUCUUGCUAACUUCUUCGUGUUUCUAACACUUGCCGGGAGUGGAUACCUCAUCUUUUGGGCUGUGAAGCGAUCCCAGGAAUUUGCUCAGCAAGAUCCUGACACCCUUGGGUGGUGGGAAAAAAAUGAAAUGAACAUGGUCAUGUCUCUCCUGGGGAUGUUCUGUCCAACACUGUUUGACUUAUUUGCUGAAUUGGAAGACUACCAUCCCCUCAUUGCUCUGAAAUGGCUGCUGGGACGCAUUUUUGCCCUUCUUUUAGGCAACUUGUAUGUAUUUAUUCUUGCCUUGAUGGAUGAGAUUAACAACAAGAUUGAAGAGGAGAAGCUAGUAAAGGCCAAUAUUACCAUAUGGGAAGCCAACAUGAUCAAGGCGUAUAAUGCAUCGCUUACUGGAAAUAGUACUGGGCCACCCUUUUUUGUGCACCCUGCAGAUGUACCUCGAGGACCUUGCUGGGAAACAAUGGUGGGACAGGAAUUUGUGCGGCUGACUGUUUCUGAUGUUUUGACCACCUAUGUUACAAUCCUCAUUGGGGACUUUCUCAGAGCAUGUUUUGUAAGAUUUUGCAAUUACUGCUGGUGUUGGGAUUUGGAAUAUGGAUAUCCUUCAUACACCGAAUUUGACAUCAGUGGCAACGUCCUCGCUCUGAUCUUCAACCAAGGCAUGAUAUGGAUGGGCUCUUUCUUUGCUCCCAGCCUCCCAGGCAUCAAUAUCCUUCGACUCCACACAUCCAUGUACUUCCAGUGCUGGGCCGUGAUGUGUUGCAACGUUCCUGAGGCCAGAGUCUUCAAAGCUUCCAGAUCGAAUAAUUUCUACCUGGGCAUGCUCUUGCUCAUCCUCUUCUUGUCCACCAUGCCCGUCCUGUACAUGAUCGUAUCCCUCCCUCCAUCUUUUGAUUGUGGCCCCUUCAGUGGCAAAAAUAGGAUGUUUGAAGUGAUUGGAGAAACACUGGAGCAUGAUUUCCCAAGCUGGAUGGCAAAGAUCUUGAGACAGCUUUCUAACCCUGGACUGGUCAUUGCUGUGGUUUUGGUUAUGGUUUUGACCAUCUAUUAUCUUAACGCUACUGCAAAAGGCCAGAAGGCGGCAAACCUGGAUCUAAAAAAGAAGAUGAAACAGCAAGCUUUGGAGAACAAACUGCGAAACAAGAAAAUGGCAGCUGCACGAGCAGCUGCAGCUGCUGGUGGCCAGUAACUUUCAUAGAUAUGCUGGGGGCUCAGAAGUACUCCUCGCCUUGCUGUUUUAAAGCAAUGACUCAUGUGAAGGCCCAGAGAACAAGCAUAUUAUGGAGUUGCUGUUUCCCCAUUCUAACCCUGAUGGAUCAUCGAAGUCAUACUGGUCAAUAAGUCAUCACCAGUCCUAGUUCCACAAGAAGAUUUCCACCUUAUCCAAAUUAAGGAUUUGUUCCCCUAAAUCCAUUUGCUCCCCACACUCAUUUUCUUGACAUUUUUCUCUUAAUGAACUGAGUUUAAAAGAGGGUGUGAUUCAUCAAUACAGGUUUCUGGUUUACUGAAUAGGUUAAUUUAAAAACCUUUUGCUCAUUAUGGACUUUCAUUUUAUAUACUUUUUCUGCCUCAUUUUCUUGGCAUGGGAGCAGGACUACUUUGCCCUCUUUUUUCCAAGUUAAGAAAUAUCUUCAUAAAGUAUUCAUUAUAAACAUUUAUUACCUCACUUUUUGAAACCAACACCCUGUUUUUUCUUUUUUUCUACCUGUCUCCCCAUCCAUGACCUCAACAAAUAAAUACCCAAGGUCUUUUUAUUUGCUGCUGAAUUUAGUAUGAAAUAAGAUGGGUUUUUCAGAAGAAAUAUCCUAAGUGAAUUAGGAGCCUGAUCAGCAUAGAGUUGAAGGUCUCUGUCUUUGGGGAUGUACAUGGGUCUUAGACAACCUUAGUCUUUAUGAAGCUUUUUAAAAAAAAAUGACACCAUAAGUGAUUGCUAUUUCAUCACAGUCUGAUUAUUUGACCUCCAAUGAUUAUAUGUCCUGAGUUUAGAUUCUAUAUUCUAUAAUUUUUGUUUGCUUGUUUUUUGUUAAGGUUAGGAAAACACACCCUUUCUUUUGGUGUGUGUUUGCGGGGAGCUUCAGUUCAUAGAUGUGUUUAAGCAUUAAUAUUUAUUUAAAGUUUAAAUUGACUUUGAAUAGUAACAAUUAAUGCCUUUAGCCAGCCUCAUUGUGUAUCUUCAGUUACAUCUAACUCAGUGUCCUUUUCCAGAGGUAAGCCAAUUUGCCUGCCAUUCCCUGAAAAUGACUUGCUGAUUUUUACUGACUUGUCUUUGAGUUUCUCGUUCUUUUCGAUCUUCUACUGACCAUAGAAUGAUUACCCUGUUUCGCUGACAAUCCAUGUGCUAUUCACUUUCAUCAUAUCAAAUUCAAGACUUACGUUCUCUGGUCAAAUUUGCCAGAUUAGCCUUCAUUUCUAAUUGUAUCACUGCCUUGAUAGUCUUUGAGUUUAUUAUUUUAUUGAUUUCCUUGCAACUUUUAAUCAUUCUUUUUUUUUCUUGUAUGCAUGGACUAUUCCUAUCCAGAUUUUAAGCUUUCUAUGAGCAGGAAUCAUCUCUUCUAACUCUUGUAUGCCUAGUAUAGUGCUGUGCACAGGUAGGCACUGAAUAAAUGCUUAUUAAUUAAAUUGAAUCAAUUUAACUUUCAGCAGUUGCACUGUGAAACAAAGACUUCUGUUAUCUGCAUGAACAUAUUAU